AUGCGGAGCCGGUGGCAGCGGAGCCAGGGACGUCGCAGGAUGGUGGACAGCGUGUACCGGACCCGCUCCCUGGGGGUGGCGGCUGAAGGGCUCCCGGACCAGUACGCGGACGGAGAGGCGGCGCGCGUGUGGCAGCUCUACAUCGGGGACACCCGCAGCCGCACCGACGAGUACAAGGCCUGGCUGCUCGGGCUGCUGCGCCAGCACGGCUGCCAGCGGGUGCUCGACGUGGCCUGUGGCACUGGGGUGGACUCCAUCAUGCUGGUGGAAGAGGGCUUCAACGUGACAAGCGUGGAUGCCAGUGACAAGAUGCUGAAGUAUGCGCUUAAAGAGCGCUGGAACCGGCGGCACGAGCCUGCCUUUGACAAGUGGGUCAUUGAAGAAGCCAACUGGAUGACUCUGGACAAAGAUGUGCCCCAGCCACCAGGGGGUUGCUUCGAUGCUGUCAUCUGCCUUGGAAACAGUUUUGCCCACUUGCCAGACUGCAAAGGGGACCAGAGUGAGCACCGGCUGGCCCUGAAGAACAUCGCGAGCAUGGUGAGGUCAGGGGGUGUGCUGGUCAUCGAUCAUCGCAACUACGACCACAUCCUCAGCACAGGCUGCGCACCGCCAGGAAAGAACAUCUACUAUAAGAGUGACCUGACCAAGGACAUCACAACGUCAGUGCUGACGGUGAACAACAAGGCCCACAUGGUGACCCUGGAUUACACGGUACAGGUGCCAGGGACUGGCCAGAGCGGUUCUCCUGACUUGAGUAAGUUCCGGCUCUCCUACUACCCUCACUGUCUGGCAUCCUUUACGGAGUUGCUUCAAACAGCCUUCGGGGGCAAGUGCCAGCACAGCGUCCUGGGUGACUUCAAGCCUUACAAGACGGGCCAGGCCUACAUUCCCUGCUAUUUCAUCCACGUGCUCAAGAAGACAGACUGAACAAGCCCUCAGCUCCCACAGCCCUCUGCCCAGGCACUGCCAGGCUCUGUCUGGGGAGGAGGGACCAGGAGCCCCACACCAAGCCCAGCCCCCUCCAGUGCAGAUCUUGGGGGUGUGGGGAGGGGCAGGCUGCAGCUGGGGGACAGGGAUUUGGGUUCAGGCAGAUGGAAGGCUGAACAAUAUAGUUUAUACCUUUUUCAGGUCCUGUA